CUCAUAGUAGAGUAGCUACCAAAUAAAGCCACAGUAAAAAAGUAAAAAACCAACUUUGGUUUCAAAUCAACAUCAUCAUUCAUUCAUUCAUCACUCUCACUCAGUUCCAGAUCCAAACGACACCAGAACUUAACUACCCUAAAUAACCAUACUUAACACCGUAAUCUUACUACUAAUCCAUUUUUUUAUGUUCCUUAGUUCGGUGGUUGUGCUUGUUCUUUUUUGUGACAGGGUGUCUGUCUUAGGUAGGUAUUGAAAAAGAGUACCACAAAAACCGCAUGUCUGAACAUUCCUCAGUUCGGGUUGUACCAGGUUAGAUGUGUUUGGUCACAUUGUUCAGGUUUUUUGGAUAGGUUGUUGUAUUUUGUAAAUUGCGGCGUUUUGUUGAAGAUAUAGAAAGGAAGAGAAAAUGAGGAUCAAGAAUAAAUACAAGAAACCAACGACUUUACGUUGUUGCGAUGCAGGGAACAGAUGUUGUUCUACUUCUGUUUUUGUAUUGAGUUUGUUAGGAUGUCUUCUUUUGGUUCAAUUGUAUUGCUAUGUUGAUCAUACGGACAAACGUCGUGGUGGUGGUGGUGGAGAGGCUAGGUUGCAUGUGAGUCAUCAUCCGCAAGUACGUGAGCUUCAAGAAGUGGAAGAGGAAAACCUUCAUGUUCCCCCGCCGAAAGGAAAGAGAUCUCCUCGAGCAGUAAAGCGCAGACCGAAACGGACAACUACACUGAUUGAUGAAUUCUUGGACGAAAAUUCCCAAAUGAGACACGUGUUCUUUCCUGGUCGUAAAAGAGCUAUAGAUCCGAUGCAGGUUGUUGACAAUGAUAAGUAUCAUUACUACCCGGGAAGAAUGUGGUUGGAUACUGAUGGUCAUCCUAUUCAAGCCCAUGGAGGGGGCAUUCUGUAUGAUAAAAAUUCAAGGACAUACUAUUGGUACGGUGAAUAUAAAGAUGGGCCCACCUACCAUGCUCACAAGAAAGGAGCUGCUCGGGUGGAUAUUAUUGGAGUUGGUUGUUAUUCUUCUAAGGAUUUGUGGAGCUGGAAACACGAGGGGAUUGUAUUGGCAGCGGAGGAAACAGACGAAACCCAUGAUCUGCACAAGUCUAAUGUGCUCGAAAGGCCAAAAGUGAUUUACAAUGAGAAAACUGAAAAGUAUGUGAUGUGGAUGCAUAUCGAUGAUGCUAACUAUACCAAAGCAUCUGUUGGCGUAGCAACCAGUGAUACACCCGACGGUCCUUUCAAUUAUCUCGGUAGCCAUAGGCCUCAUGGUUUCGAAAGCAGGGAUAUGACAGUUUUCAAAGAUGAUGAUGGUGCUGCAUAUAUAAUCUACUCCUCCGAAGACAACAGUGAACUGCACAUCGGACCCCUAACCGAAGAUUAUCUCAAUGUAACAUCCGUCAUGAGAAGGGUUCUCGUGGGACAACACCGAGAAGCACCAGCUCUAUUCAAGCAUCAGGGAACAUACUACAUGAUCACAUCGGGUUGCACAGGGUGGGCCCCAAACGAGGCACUGGCUCAUGCAGCCGAGUCGGUUAUGGGACCUUGGGAAACAAUGGGAAAUCCAUGCAUGGGAGGAAACAAAAUGUUUAGACUAACAACUUUCUUUGCUCAAAGUACUUUUGUGCUACCGAUUCCUGGUUUCCCUGGAAUGUUCAUCUUCAUGGCAGAUCGAUGGAAUCCAGCUGACUUAAGGGACUCGAGAUAUGUAUGGUUGCCAUUGAUAGUGGCGGGACCGGCAGACGAGCCUUUGGAGUAUAGUUUUGGAUUCCCAUGGUGGUCAAGAGUGUCUAUCUAUUGGCAUAGAAAAUGGAGAUUGCCUCAAGGGUGGAACCCAUUUCAAACAAUGUAGUGUUGUAUGUUGUACAUUGAUUCAUAGUCAUCAUAUACAAAAAUACUUGGGUAUAUAUAUAUAUAUGUGUUGCUUGUGAAGCACAUUGUGCAUUACUCAUAACUGAAUAGAAGAAACAUGAAAUCUCAAUAACAUUCAAUGGUCAAGAAAGAUUAUCCUCUUGAUCAUUGGAGUUUUGUCAAUAAUCCAGUACUGGUGAUUACUUUGAGCUGCAA